AUGGAUUUUGCCUCAACAACUUUAGUAUUUCAUUCUAUUAAAGAGGUUGAAGAUUUCUAUGGUCAGUAUGCAUAUAAAACUAGAUUUUCAAUCAAGAGUAUGUUGAAGUCGAAGAAUAAUUCAAAGAAUAAGAAGUCGGAUAAGAUACAUUACAUACGUUAUGUUUGUAACAAAGAAGGUUUUAAGAAAGGAAGUUUGCUUAAUCCGAACAACAAGCCAAGAUCAGACAGUCCGGUUGUUAUUGAAUUUGAAAAAGUGAAAGAGAGACCGGAGGAAAGGGUUGGUUGUAAAGCUGGAAUAUAUCUCAAGUUGGAUGAAGCAUUGAAUGUUUAUAAGAUAUAUAGAUGGGAAGGGACACACUGUCAUUCACUACAUAGAAAAGAGCAUCACCGUUACCUCAGAUCAUUCCGAGAAGUAAAUGAAGUUCAAGGACAACUUGCUUUAAUUAAUUCUAAAGCUGGAAUGUCGAUGAGGACGUCUUAUGAAGUCAUGGGUCAAGGAGUUGGAGGCACGGAGAAUCUCCCAUUUCGAUUUUCGGACUUAAAGAAUUAUUUGAUGACAAUUCGUUCAAAGGAGAUGAUGAGGGGUGAAGCAACUGUAAUUCAAGAGUUUUUUAGGAAUGAAGCUAUGUCGAAACCAUCUUUUUAUUAUGAUAUGCAAGUUGAUGCUGCAGAAGACAUAGCUAGCAUUUUUUGGGAAGAUGGAAUUAUGCAACUGGAUUAUUCUUUAUUUGGCGAUGUCAUCAGUUUCGUUACAAUGUACCGAACAAACAAUCAAUAUUGUCCAUUAGCCGCCUUUCUUGGUUUUGACAAUCAUCGCAAGAGUGUCUUAUUUGGUGCUGCCUUACUGUAUGAUGAGACAGCUGCUACUUUUCAUUGGUUAUUUACCGCAUUCUUAAAGUGCAUGUCUAAUAAGAAACCACAGACGAUAUAUACAGACCAGGCUACUGCGUUGUUGAAGUCAGUUCCGAAUAUUUUUCAAGGUGUUUUCCAUGGUCUUUGUUCGUGGCACAUGUCAGAGAAUGCAAAGAAAAAUCUCGGUACUCGUGCGAACAGUUCCUUUUUUGAUGAGUUAACUAAUUUGAUUUCAAAUGUAGAAGACGAAUCAGAUUUUGACUACAAUUGGGAUCGGAUGAUGAAAAUUUUUUUUGAUGGAAGGCCUAUUUCAGACUGGACAUGA